AUGUCAUCAUCCCCAGCGAAACUCACGUACACGACCCGCUCUCUACAAGGCAUCCUCGCCGUGUCAACAAUUGGCCUCGCUGCCGUCCUGAUCGCCGACCAAUCUCCCGGCGCAAAUGCAGCGCUCAAGUACGGUGUCGCCGUUGGCGUCGUGACAUUCCUCGGAGCGGUACUAGGCAUACUAGCACUCUGGCUGCCGAUAUUACAAGGCUUAAUCUUACUCCUCGCGGACACCGUAGUGUUGGCUUUGAAUCUUGCUGGAGGUAUCCUCUUCGCGGUCAAACUUGAAGGCGUCGAUUGCAUGAACCAGACUAUGGAAUACAUGCGGGACACGCUGAGCCACAUCUCUCUACUCAACGGCGACUGUCCAACGGAGAAGCUCCUCUACAAGUGCCUUAGUUACGACGAGGGCGAUGGGUUUUUGCAAAGGAGGUGUCGGUGGGCUACUGCAGCAGCGGUGCUGAUGUUUGUAAACUUCAUCAUUGUGCUCGUGGGCAUUUUGAUAGAAUAUAUUGGUGGAAGGGGGAGGGUGAGGAAGUGA